ACAAACAAACAUCUGCUAUAGUUAUGUACUUGCAUAUUAUAUAUAUAUAAGUAGUAAUGAGAGAGUAUGCGUGUGUGUAUAUCUUUGUGACACCUUCGAUGAAUUCAUAUUCUUGUUCGAGGUACUAUUAGCACAGAUUAAUGAAAUAAGUUCAGUUUCCUUAAUUGAUAAUAUAUUAGGGGAAAAAUGGAAAGAGGAGGAGAAGAAGAAGGCGGGUUGGUGGUGCGGGGGAGAGUGGAGAUCGAUAUGCGACAGCCUUUCCGAUCAGUGAAAGAAGCAAUUUCGUUGUUUGGGGAAAGGGUUCUUGCUGGAGAAAUCUAUGCAAAUAAACUGAAAGAGAUGCAAAUCAAAAAGAACACGGGAAAAUAUACAUCAAAAAUUGGGGGUGAUCAUCAUGAUGAACAAACAAAGAAGCAGAGUGUUGAAAAAGAGAAAGAAGAAAGUAAUAAUCUGAUGGUUCAUUGCCUCAACUCUCUGAGACAAGAGCUUGAACAGACUAAAAUGGAGCUAAAACAAUUGAAAUCCAAAGAAUCCCACAUCGAGAACGACAAGCAAUUUGUUGAACCAGAAAUUGAAGAGCUAAAGUUCAUCGAAAACACAGCUGAAAUCAAGAAGCUAACUGAAGAAGAAAAUGGCUUGGAAUUUGAGAGGAAGAGAUCUGUUAAGUUUGCAAGUCCUCCAUUGUUAACUCGAGUUAUUAUAAACACGGAUGAUGGAGGUAAAGACGGAGAGCAAAAGCCUUCACCAAAAAAGACCCCAAAGAAGAAGCCCUUAGUAUCAUUAAUGGGAGGGUUAUUUUUGAAGAAAGAAGGGAAACAAAGAAAGUAAAUAUGAUAGCACUGCUUCUUUUGGAUCUUUAGCUCCCAGUCAUAAGGGCUAAAAUUGUAUUUUGAUUUUAAUUUGCAGUAUUAAUAAACAUUUCACAUAUUUGGUGGUUUGCUUUUAAAAGAAUGUGACCCUUCUAAAA